UUUUUGAUAGAGACUCAUAUACAAACGUAGUUGUGUCGUAUUAUUCGGAAAAUAUUUUUCUUAGUUUUCGUAGCGCUGUGAAGGUUUAAUUAAAUAAAUCGAAAUGAGUCUUUCUGAACCUCAACCUGUAGAAUCUGCGGAACCGUUGGAAGAGAUAUUUUCCGCAAUUCCUCUACCUGAACUAAAUAAUUUUGCAGUAUUUCGUCUUCUUCAAGACGAACCUCUCCUUACUAACGUCAAGUUGGCAUACGUGUUCGGGAACACGGGAUUAAUCGUGACAACGACGGACGAGGUUUACUCCAUUGGAGAAGCAGGUGGCACGAAGGAUAUGACCGUAAAUUUGGAAAAAGUCGAAGAACUGUGUGGUGUGGAAGUUGAAGAAUUUACAGCAGGGACAAAUCAUCAAUGUUUUGCGAUAACAAAGACAUGCAAAAUAUACAGUUGGGGUCGAAUGAAGACAGGCAUGUACCCCGUGGGAGAUAUAUCUGUACAGCCGGCACUUUUUUCUGAGGAGACAUUCCCUUUUGGCAUGUCAGAAUUGCAAAGAAAACAAAUCAUACAAGUAGCUCCUUGUAGUACACACGUACUUGUAUUAAUGGAAGGGGGACAUGUUAUUAUUGUAAGACAGAAAAAUAAUUCAACAACAAUGUCUGCGCGCCGAGCCGGAGCGCCUCAACUUAUUUCAAAAGAUAUGUUCAAAAACAGACAAAUUUUGCAAGUAGGAGCAGCAGGAACAGGCCUAUGUGCUGCAAUCUGUGAAUUGGGGGAGCUGUACCGAUGGGAUUCGAGUUCCUGUAAUCCUCAAAGGGCACUAGUGUCAACAACUUUUAAAAAGAUCGUAUCCUCGAGUGACUCCAUUUUUUGCCUUAGCAAGGAUGGAAUCGUGUACAAAAUGGUAGACGCUGAUCCAUGGAUUCCAUUUGAAAAAAUAAAUGUGGUCAUCGAUAUUGCUGCUGAUCCAAAGUUUGAGUUAUGCGUGUUUCAAUUUGUUUCAAAAAUGGGAAUUUAUGGUGAAUUCGGGGGAGCACGAGGGGGAUUACUUCGAUAUAGAAACUACUUAUCAACAGCACAAGCCUUUCAAAGCUAUUGUCCAGCGACUUUGAAAACUAUGAAGGGAAAACUUCAAGAUGCCGACAUUCCUGAGACACCUACUGUUAAGGAUACAAUCGAAGCAAUGUGGCAGGAUCCGAUGAAAAACGACAUCAGCUUCUCCGUUGAGGAAAAGGUCAUAGUUGCGAACAAAGCAUUUCUCACUAUUCGGAGCGAAUACUUUGAAAAGAUGUUUAGCGGCGAUUGGAAAGAUGGAAAUGAAGGCUCAAUCUUGAUCACUGGAACAAAUUUUCAGACAUUUACAUCUCUCCUUUAUUUUUUGUACCAUGACAAAUUGAAUUGCCCGAGAACAAGCUAUAAAAACAUAUCUGACGUGAUGAUCUUGGCUGAUUCUUAUUGCGAAUUUGGAAUAAAAGAGCACUGCAAGAAUAUUCUGCAGGAUACGCAUAUUACACAGCAUAAUGCCCUCGACUUGUACAAAAUUGGACAUAUUAACGAAAUCGAUAAUUUAAAACGGCGAACACUUCAAUAUAUCUUGGUGCAUAAAAAUCUUGUAUUUGGGCCUGUCGUAAGUUUGAAGACAAUUGAAACAAAACUGGGAACUUCCAUCUAUGAGCAGCUGAUUAUUUGUUUAUUAAAAGGUUGAAGCAAUGAAAUAUAGGCUGAAUUUAAAAUUAUGUAAUUUAUUAAAUUCUGAAAUUAUUCAUAUAAGUUAAUCUUAAUAAAUUCAUGCAUUGUAAUAUGGUUAAUUAUUUCAAAUUUCCUGUUAUACAUAUAUUUUAAAUAAUUGUUAAAUAUCUAAAUCGUUGUAUCUAUGCAUUCUAAUCGUCAAGGAGACAUCCAACGUACUUAUGUGGUCAAUAAAUUCUGACCUCUGACCU